UCCAAAUUCCAGUUAGUUAACCUCAUUUACGCUAUUUUUGUUGAUAAUAACGUGGGUAGUAGAGUAAUAUAUUAAAAUGAAUAGUAUCGGAGAAGCUUGCAACGACUUAAAAAAAGAGUACGAUGCAUGUUUUAAUACAUGGUUUUCGGAACAUUUUUUGAGAGGUAGUACUAACGAUUCCAUGUGUGCCCCCUUAUUCAAAGUUUAUCAACAAUGUGUAAAGAAAGCAAUGAAAGAUCAAAAAAUAGAUCUCCAGGAAGUUAGUGCUGAUGUAUUAGGUGGAAGUAAAGAAAAGAAGAUAGAAAAUUCUUAAUUUAUUUUUAUACAUAAUUGAUGAAUCUCAUUCAAAUACCACAUUGUGCAUAUACGAAGUACCAACUACAUAUCCACAAUAAAGAUGAACAAGCUAUUUGUUACAUUUACACUACUUUUAGAAUAAGUAGCAAUUGUUCAAUAAGACACGAGAAUUAUGUCGACUGCCAGUGUCUUAUAAAAUUGUUAACACAAUUAACACUUCUACUGACCAAAAAAUGAAGUUAGUGACAAUACAAAUAAAAUGCAGAGUAGAUCUUGUGUUUUAUAUAUUAUAAAUAUGUGAACUAAUGUAUUGUG